UCAAACCACACACACUGAAGUGGAUGGACCGAGUGGUGUUGUCUCCACCAUGCCUGUGUUUUACACACCGAUCCCUCAGAACCUGAGAGUGGGUCUGGCUAAUGUCAGCGGGUCAGUGUUUAUAAAUAACAGGACACGAGACAGUGGAGACUUCAGGGACCCGUAUCAGGAUAAUGAAGUGUUUGCGGAGGUCUGGUCUCAUCUCCCGCUGCAGAUGCUGCUGUACUUCAACAUGUUCUUCUUCCCCUUCUGGUGGAUCUCGGAGCUCAUGAUGCUGCAUUUAAAGUUCUGUUAUCUGCCAGCAUAUUACCAGUGUCUGCUGGUGACGGGGAUGGUCCUGAUUAGCAUAUUGGAGGUAUUGCGGGUGUAUCUCGGUUACGUUGGGAAUCUCAAAGAGAAGGUUCCAGAGUUAGCUGGAUUUUGGCUGAUCUCCUUCCUCUUCCAGCUGCCUAUCCUCCUCUUCUUCAUCACUGAUCAGGACAUCAUCAUUCUUCCUCUGGAGCGGGCCGUUCACUCUCUCUAUCUGGCCUUCCUCCUGGGCGAGCUGUUGGCCUCGUUUCUCGCCCUGCGCGUCAUGACUCGUAAACUCGCCCAGCAGUUUCACAUGAGGCAGUUCGGGCCCGUCCAGGGUCUCCACACAGCAGAAGCCCUGCCAAUGUUCGGACUGCCGCACGGGGGCAGGAGUGUGCUUCCCGUGAGGGACAUACAGCCUCACUGAGAGAUGAGGGAAGAUCUGCAGGACACAUUAUUGUUGGUAUGACCUUCAGCAAUAAGUGCACUUCUUAAUAAGAGUUUUUGUCUACAAAACCAUGACUUGUAGUAAAAACCAGCAGGUGGGGCUAGUUGUCAUUAGCUCAAUUACCAUGAGUUUAAACAGUAUCAACAAGUCAAAAAGUGCAAUUACACAUGUUUGUCUGUAGUUCAGAACUGCCAUCAAUUGAAUCAACAACAUUAUGAAGUCAGAUUUUUUUACUUGUAAACUGAACUGUCUUAUAACAAAUUUUUCCAAACAUUUGAAAAUUGAACGCAAUAACAUUUCUGUUGUUGUAGAAACACCUCUAAAGCACAUUGCAAUAUUGACUUUCAAAAAUAAGCCCACUCUGAGAAAUAUUCACUGUAAUAAAAUAUAUAUU